AUGUGUACCACUUCUCUCUCCUGAAGGACAGCCACGACGCUGACUCUUUCGACACUAAUUUACUUGCUCGCCUUACGAUUCAUGACGCCAACCACCUCUUCGCCGCCGUCGUGAACGUCGUGCUCUUGGUACCGCUCGCGUUCCGUUACGCGUACCGUGCUGGUACCUCCACGAAAGCGCGGUGCUUGUCUUGGGAGCACACCUAAACGCGGUAAGCUCGCGCGUCUUCCUCGGGAUAAAUUCACGCAAGCAGGACCCUGCUCGCGAACCUGCAUCGCUUGCCUCAAGGAUUCAAUUCGCGACCCAUCCAGGCGUCUGGCUCCACCCACCAUACGCAGCCGAAAGCUGCUUCAUCAGCCGAUCACCACUGCCCCCUCCUCCUGCGCUGCAGCGCUGGAGCCUCUCUUGUGCCCACAAUGCCGGCAGAGAGGAACGGAGAAAAAUCGUCGCAGGCCAAGACGAAGGAGAAUAAACCUCCCCGCAAGCCCACUCAGCCUGCCUGCGACCCUUGCCAUGUCAGGCGUGUGCGGUGCUCUCAUGAGCAGCCAUGCGACCACUGCAGACGGCUCGGCUUGAACUGCACGUACCACAAGGCCAGUCAAGCCCGAAGGAGUACGGGAAAAAGGAUCGAAGCUCUUCGAGAGUCGGACCGUUCCGAGAAGCAGGGUUUUGAAGGUGGGCCUUCUCAAGAUGGACCCAGCUAUCCACCACCUCAGUCUGCUCGCCAGCUCCAGCACCCUCCCCAUCCUCACCACCUGCAGCACGGAGAGACACUACCUUCCCUUGGCGCAAUGAGAAGCGCAGCGGCUCCUAGCAUGUUCGAUGGUGGUAGGACUUCCCGAGUCGAGGGAAAUAUCCAUCCUCAACUUGCAGCAACCUCAGGCCCCUUUCCCUUUGAUGGUCCACCAGCACGCUUGUCCCGGCCACCAGGCACCGCUUCUCCAGCCUCUGCGAACUCCGUGCUCAUGCCUCCACCGGAGUACAAGCCGGGGCUCGAGUCGCCCAAGAACUUUGCGCCAUAUCAAGGGGCCUCGGUGGGCUCGCCAGGAACUUCAAGCUCCUCUUCAUCGGCGCAACACUCAGAUGCAUAUAUGCGACAUCAGCAUCAGAGAGGCUACGGGCACGGCUCCCCUCAGAUGGGUCGCGGAAACAUGGGCGCAGGCCAAGCAGGAGUCUCGCAUGGCAUAUUUCCACCCUUUCUCAGUCCUCGCACCAGCCAGUCUUUGGCUGCCGGAAGUGCGCAUCAUUUCGAACGACAGCCUGGACCCCGUCGGCCGUCGAAUGCUGGUCAGGGCGCCAAUGGAAGGUUCACAAACAACCCACAACAUUCAAACGAGGGAGGCUCUUUUGUUGACCACCUUAUGAGCCGGCCGACGCCUAUAACAACGAGCUCGAGCGGCACGUCUGGCGGAUCUCUGAUUGCGUCCAACAUGCAAUCACAGCCGCAACAGCAAUUUCCUCAAGCGCAGCAGAGUGCUGUGAGUCAAGCUCAGACACUCAACAGCAACAACCUUUUCCAAAUGGUCAACCCCUUUGAAAACACUUUUGCUGCAAAUUUCCGUCUGCCCGACCUGACCACAUCGCUGGCGGACUCAUUCCUGCCGAAUGGCACCGGAGCGAGCGGAUUCGAGAAUGACAUCUCAUUGUGGGAGGGCAUGGAUCUCAACAAUUUCCCGCUCAUAUCUGGUGAUGGGUCGGUCACCAUGCUGGAUGCUAUCGGCAGACUCAACCCGAUGGGACAGACGCCGGCGUCGCUCGAUUCCGGCCACCAUCAUGGCCCGGCCAGCCAAGCGGGCAGUGGGCCGCACGAUGAUAGCCCGCCCGGAAGCUCUGCUGGCGACAUGCAUCAGGCCUUGUCGGAUGGUAUCCUCAUACCUACCCUGGCGCUUUUCUAUGAACGCCUGGGAGGUAUCAUGCCCGUCUUCUCGAGAGCCUGGCUCUACGGUCGUCUGGACGCGGACCAUCAUCGUACAGAUCCCCAAUUUGGCUCGAUGCUGCUUUCGAUGAGCGCCUUGGUAGCGAUCCAAGCCCAGGAUACCACAGAUAGGGCGUCCGCCAGAAACAGGCGAAAGAAAGCGGUCGCACUGUUAGAGCAGUCGAGUCAAAUGCGAGGCGGUUUGAUGUUUGGCAAGGAACCUUCGCUGGAGACCACCUGCACGUCUUUCUUCUUCUUUGCGAGUCUCUUCGCUCUGAACGAGCACAAUGCGGCUUGGUUCCGUCUUCGAGAGGCCGUGACCUUGGGCCACCUCGCCAAGCUGCAUGAGCCAUCCUCCUACGAGGGUCUCCCUCGAGACGAGCAGGAACGUCGCUUGCGCACUUACUGGCUGUUAGCCAUCACAGAGCGAGCAUAUGCUAUCCAGUACAAUCACCCUAUCACCCUGACGGGCAAUCCGAGAAAGAGGACGGCAAUUCUACGGCAACAGCUCGGACUCAAAGAACUUGCAGACUUUCCGGAUUUGCAGCUGUCCAUCUUCGAUGCCGUUGAUGAGACCUUUGUCGACUGCUUCCUGGGAAAGUGCCUUGGAAAGAACUGCAAGACCUUUACGAGGGAAAAAGCGCUGGAGCUUUACGCAGCUUUCACUCGCGUUGGCGAGGAAAGAGGCUCGUCGACGCGAGGAGAUGACGAGCGCGUCAAUGGAGAAGGAAGCAGCACGUCCAAUGGUGGGGGGAAUACGCGCGACAGCUCUGUUGCUGCUGGCGACAAUGACCCUUCGUUCGGCCGGAGUGCAGUGCAAAAAGCCGACUUCGAAAUCACUCGCUUGUGGCUUCAAAAUCGAGCUUGGCUCAUUGCUCUGAGUCAUAGCUUGUUGACCAUCCAGGAUCGAGAAGAGCCGUUGCGCGUUGAUCACGCCCUGCACCUGGCAAGACGUACACUCGACAUCUGCAAUGGGCUGCCUUUGCCGGCAAUGGAAGCGCAUGGGAUCGGAUUCGUGCUCAAGCUUUACGAUAUUGCCAGCACCUUGGCAAUUCUCUGCAAGGAUGAGGGUGUGGCGCAAGCGAUUGAGGACUACUCGCUACCUGCGCAACAAGGCUCUCCACACAGCGUCGUCUCGCCAUCCGCAACAAGCGGCGGUCGUUUGGCAACUCGGUUGCGCACCGAAAUCUUGGAAUUGCUCGAAGCGUUUGCGGCGUUCAUGCGCGAGUUCCUGGGAGGCAAGCACGAGUUCAAGGAGAAGCUGGAGGGACACAUUAAUGAGUUCCACGCGAGCAACCCUUGGACCAUGCUCAAUUACCGCACGACCACUCCCGACACGCGUUGGAACACUUGAUGAUCAGAAAAGGUGCUGCGGCUAAGCAUCGCAGUGCCCUCGCGUCCCCUGGGUUGGGGACAGCUCACCGCCAGACUUGGAUUGACAGCUUCGUAGCUUGUAUGUAACACCAGACAGAGAUCCAUCACCUCAGUCACGCGCGUCACUCGUCCACCUCACAUGUCCAUUGCGUUAUUCAAAAAGUUAUCACGUCACUCGUCUGUGCUUUUUGCAGUGCGCACUCGUCUUGCGGGGAUGUGCAAGCGCAUUUCGAGGGCACAUCCAGUCGUCGAUGGGAGCGUUGCAUUCUAUGGAGCAGAAAGUACCUCGGCGUCACUUUGCAAAGCAAAUC